AUGGCGUCUCACAAGCAAAGCAUCCUAUCUCGUCUCGUGGACCGCAUGAGUCUCUUCAAGGUAAAGAGACAACGAGAAGAAUUGAAGGACAUCCUCGAAAGACGGCUUGAAGCCAUCGAAGCAAUGAGUGUAAAUCAUCUCACCAACCAGGCGCUUCAAGCCCUCAACAUCGACAUCCAACUUUCAAUGCACAUGGACGUUGAAAGCUCUGUCCCUUUCUUCAAGCCAUGGUCUCCAGGGAAGUUAGCAGAGCACCCCAAGAACCUACAAGCGAGCGAAGUCAGAGAGCACCUCGAGGAUCUCAGGUUUUCUCUGGCUGGACUUGGUCCGACAUUUCAAAGCAUCGGAGGUGGUACAACCCACAGAUGGGCCCAGAUAAUGUCAUACAGAAUGAUGUGGGAAUUUAUGGUUGCCCCCCGACAGGGAAGCCUGCAGGACCGUCAAUCCAUUGGUCAUAUGACUGAUUGGCGACGCGUGACGUAA